CACCACGGUGUCCAAAUUUGACACUGGAAUUUUCUUACGAACACUGUUUUUUCAGAAACCAAAAAUCGAAACCAACAACCGCCCAUUUAUUUCACCACUCCGACCAAGACCUUGACUGCUACAAACAGCAAAAACUGCCCUCAACUUUUAGUUCCUUCCGAAACGCAUCCAUUUUCUCCCUCGAAAUUCACGCCACUGGGAUCCGUCGAAGAACGCCAAAAAUCUCGGUGCUUUGUUUCGGAAGCACCGGCAUUGGGAACUGUGAUGGUGAAAGCGGAGCCUAAGAAGAAGGGUCGGGGAGUGCCAUGGCUUUGGGUUCUGAUUUCUCUCGUGGCUGUCUUUGUUGCUAUGGCUUUCUCCUCUAAAACUUCUCCCCGAAUUUCUCUCUCUGGAGCCAUCGAUAGAGCUUGUCAGUGUGCCCGGGGUGCACCCAAGUUCAGUGGCAUGGUAGAGGACUGUUGCUGUGAUUAUGAAACUGUGGACCAUCUCAAUGAGGAAGUGUUGAACCCUUCCCUCCAAGAACUCGUGAAGACCCCUUUCUUUCGAUAUUUUAAGGUGAAGUUAUGGUGUGACUGUCCUUUCUGGCCUGACGACGGCAUGUGCCGGUUGCGGGACUGUAGUGUAUGUGAAUGCCCCGAAAGUGAAUUCCCUGAAUCAUUUAAGAAGCCACAUGGCUUGUCAAUGAAUGAUCUUGUUUGUCAAGAAAGUCAACCUCAGGCAGCUGUUGACCGUACUUUAGACAGUAAAGUUUUCAGAUGGACAGAAAUAGACAAUCCAUGGACAAAUGACGAUGAGACUGACAAUGACGAGAUGACGUACGUGAAUCUUCAACUGAAUCCUGAAAGGUAUACUGGUUACACUGGUGAUUCUGCAAGAAGGAUAUGGGAUGCUGUCUACUCUGAGAACUGCCCCAAAUAUCCGUCUCAAGAGUUAUGCCAAGAGGAAAAAAUUUUGUAUAAAUUGAUAUCCGGUCUCCACUCCUCCAUAUCAAUACAUAUAGCUGCCGAAUAUCUACUUGAUGAAGCUUCAAAUUUGUGGGGCCAGAAUCUUACUUUGAUGUAUGAUCGAGUCCUAAAAUACCCUGAUCGUGUCAGCAAUUUGUAUUUCACUUUUCUCUUUGUGCUGCGAGCAGUGACCAAGGCUGCAGAAUAUCUGGAACAGGCACAGUAUGAUACAGGUAACCAUAAUGAGGACCUUAAGACACAGUCCUUGAUAAAACAGCUACUUCAUGACCCCAAGCUUCAAUCUGCGUGUCCGAUUCCAUUUGAUGAAGCUAAUUUGUGGAGAGGCCAAAGUGGACCUGAGCUAAAACAGAAAAUUCAACAACAAUUUAGAAACAUCAGUGCAUUGAUGGAUUGUAUAGGAUGUGAGAAGUGUCGAUUAUGGGGUAAGCUUCAGGUUCUUGGUCUUGGAACUGCAUUAAAGAUUCUCUUCUCUGUUGAUGGUCAAGAAAACUCAAGUCAAACACUGCAGCUGCAAAGGAAUGAGGUAAUUGCAUUGAUGAACCUUCUGAAUCGGCUUUCAGAAUCUGUCAAAUUUGUCCAUGAAGUGGGACCUGCAGCUGAUAGUGUGAUGGAAGGACAUGUUUCUGCUCAUAAAACAUUGAUUAACGCAUGGAAAAAUAUUUGGUCCUUUGUAUCUAAAACAUAGGCUGAGUGAGUGGUGACAGUUCUGUUUUCUGUGAUUCAAAUUACUUCAUAGGUUAGACAUAGAAAAGCACUGUCAUUAUUUGGAAAUUAAUGUACUUAGAGUGUCUCAAAACUGAAAAUAAAUGGUUGAAUAUAGGGGAAAAGAUUAAGUGAAAGUAAUAGAAGAUAUAUUGCUUGGGAAUAUGGGGUUUAAUCCCUUCUUCCCCACUGAUUUUGUAGUUC